GAAAGGCGGAGCUGACUGAGCGGCUUGUGGUUGGUUCAUGAAAUAGCUCGAUACAGAAAGUGUGACAGUAUCAUCAUUACGAGCAGAUCGGGAGGAACGAAAUGGCCUUAAAUCUGACUAUCAACAGCAGCAACCCACCUUUAGGGGCGCUGUUGGCUGCAGAACAUGUGAAAGGUAGUGUCAAUCUUUCUGUGGAGGAGGGGAAAGACACCAAGCUUUAUGUGUCUGAUCAAGUGCAGUUCAGUGACGUGAACUCCAUCACACGUUAUCUCGCCCGAGUGGCUCCAGCAUUGGGACUGUAUGGUUCUAACAUGAUGGAGCAGACUGAGGUUGAUCAUUGGCUGGAGUUUAGUGCCCGUCGUCUCUGUGGUCAGUCUGAUCUGUCUCUUGCUCUGAUUGAACUAGAUAAAACUCUGGCGUUGAGAACCUUCCUGGUUGGUCACAGUGUGACCCUGGCUGACCUCUCCGUGUGGGCCGCUCUCAAAG